AUAUACAUAGCUGACCAGUUCACCUGCUCAAGAGGCCAAUCCAGUCCAAGUUGUGCUGAUCCAGCAUACCAGAAGGUCGAUGCCAAGACAUCCACUGCUGCGGCCCAGCCCCUGGCUAGCGAUGGCACGGCGGAGGAUCUUGUAGGGUCGCCGCCCAUUGAAACGACGCUGGAAUCCUUUGUUUGGGUCGAGGAGGACAUGCCGGAGGUUGACGAUGGCUUCCAACCUGAUGCUGACAAGUCAAUGAAGCAUCUCAUCCAUCAGGAAAAGGAAAUCUUCCAAUUCGACCCGGUUCAGGAGUACGACGAAACCCUCACCACGGCAGAGUCUUCUGCGCAGAUGCCCUGGAUUCGGUUCUUGGUGUUCCCGGGCAGCUGCAGCUUGGCGUCUGGAACUUUGUCUAGCCAGUCCAUCUUCGUGCAGCUCGCGAGCACGAAGUCCACGGUCGAUUCGGUGCACAAAGUAAAGAUUGAAGACACGGAUGUGUUCUGCUUCUUUCCAUGCCACUUGAUAGGUGGAAUGAAUGCUCGGGACAGUGGCGCCAGUGGCGUCUGCCAAUCGAUCGCCUACGGAUUUUCGGCACCCAUCGGUCUCAUGUAUGAUCUCUGGGGCGCGAAGAAGACGGGAACGACGGGAGCGCUGAGCUGCGCAGUGGGGCUUCUUCUGGCCUGUGGAUCCGUCUUCGGUGCUGCAUCCGGACACGCGAUCGGCCUGCAUGCAGACUUGUGCAUAAACAGCUUGAAAUCUGGCAUGUUCAUGCUGUAUCAAGCAUCUGCAGCACUGCCGCUUCUCCUGCAAGCCGGCAUGAAAUGGUUAGAGCUCCGCCUGCACUUCGUGAUGCUCGCUUGGGCGGCCGCAGUUUUUGCAGCUGCGGGUGUUUGCUCUGUCGUGCUCCCCACGCAGAUCGAGUUUCUCGAGCAGGCAAAACAUGUGCUUGGAGUCCCGCUGCCGAAGCCUGGUGGCACCGGAGUGCCCGAGAUGAUCUCGCGAGCAGUCGGGAUUGUUCGAGUUCAUCUCACAGAUCAUCUUGUUUCUGGUCUUGCCUUAGCUUCAGCGCUCGUGCUGCCCGCGCUUUACUCCUCUCUGGCAGCUCCCUAUGCAGAGCUGCUAUUUGGCCAUGAGUCUGAUGGCAAGAUGCUGGUGAAGAUCAACGUUGUGGGCAGUGCAGUCGCCGGUCUUCUCCUGGCUCCCCUGGCUGGUAUGCUUGCGGACGGCUUUGGCCUAGAGGCCUUCACCGUUCUUCUCGCAGCCUCCGCGUUGGUGGCCUUGGUCACCGUGGGCAUCGCAUCCUGGCCAGCUCAAGCCCUGUGUACGUCAUCUGCAGUUUUGUUUACAAGCUGCUUUUCAACCUACGUCUGGCGCUACACACUUCUGUACUCGCCGCCCAGUCGCUUCGGUACUGUUCAGGGCAUCUUUUCAACAGCCCUGAUCAUCGUCAGUACACCGCUGUCGGUUGCUGGAAUGGCCGCCAUCUCCUUACGACCUCCAGGCCUGAACGAGUAUCGAGUCUCGAUGCUUGCCUGUGGGCUGAUGGGUGCAGUUCUUAUGGCACACUAUGUCGCAUAUGUUAGGCGCUACCCGCCACCAGACUGUCCUACCAUGUUGCCCGAGGACGAGGCCAUGCUGGCAAAGAGCUUUGGAUGCGGAAACUUGGACGAGGUGUGUGAAGUGACUCGAGUGAGAAGAAAGUCCAUCCUCAUCAAAAAGAUGGGCUCGAACCGCUCGGAGGAUUUUGACUGCUGCUGGAUCCAGGACUUGCUCAGCCUCCUCGCGGGCAUGGACGUUCACAAGUUGUUCAGUCCUCUAGCCAUCUUCCCAUUUACUCAAGCCUUUGGUCGAGAUGAUGCCGGGGCCUCGAAUGGUUUGUUCAAUGACCACCUCACACUACGUUGGGAAGGGGAAGGCAGCGAAAGGCCUCAGGACUCUUUCGUCGAAGGUUUGUCCACGUACACCUGGCAUCUUGCCAUUGAGGCGGAGAUGAAACAUGAUUGGCCUGGGCUAAAGGAUGCUAAGGUUAAAGGUGCCCUCGCACAAGGUAAACUUGAUGUCAUGGGAACCUGCAAGCUGGCAGCACCUCAACGGAAGGCAGGUAAAGCUUUGAACCUGGGUGGUCCGAGCCAGUGUCCGAUGUUGUCUGUAUCUUUCCCGGGCAGUCGUGCCGUGGUGAAUCUGCUCAGGGCAAAGCGGCCAGUUGAAGACAUCGCUGCUUCUUGGCUGCACAGCCAACAUCCUCGCAGCUGGAGUGGAGGGCUGGCAUUGGGUGUGCUGGAGGCAAUGAUGGAACAGGAGGAAGUGGAGGAGAAGCACCCCGGGCCUGAAGCGUCCAUAACAGAGUCCAGCAGCGUGGCGGAGCCGCAGGCGGGCAUCCGGGAUCGAGCGCGAUACCUGGCCAGGCUCGUGGCCGCCGCUGAUGCUCAGGCCGUAAGAGAAUAUUUGCUGACGGAGCCGCUGGAAGAUAUAUGGCGAGUGUGGCUUGACUUUGAGAAGUGGCAAGCGCCGCCCGAGCGCAGAAAGAUGGACAAGGACUUCAACAACGUCAUUCCGAGCAAGGACCUAGCCGACAUCCUUCGUCGGCGUCCAGACCUCAAGACGUUCGUGCAGAGCGUCAUUGUUCAAGCCGUGGAGAGAAAGAUCGCGACUCUGCGAAGCAAACAGAAGUGA